ACGCCGCGAGGUAUUGGAGGCGGGGUCGGGAGGCUGCCCCUCUGAUUGUACCCCCAUCGCCGGGGGGCCUGCUGGGCCAUGUCCAGAAGCUCGGGCCCCGCGGUCCUGCCCCGCGCCUUGGGGUCCCGGAAGUCCGCCCCGCGGAGCCUUAGCUGCCUCUCGGACCUGGAGAGCAGCGCGACCCCGGAGCAGCUGCCUUGCCGGCCCCACCGGAGCUUGGGUCGCGCGCCGCCGCCGCCAUCCGCACCAUCAGGCUGCGACCCCAGCCUGCGACCCAUCAUCGUGCGGCGGGCGCACUCGCUGCCCAGCUCUCCCGAGCGCCGCCAGAAGGCCACAGGCGGCCCUGGCGCGGCGUGCCGGCCGGACUGCAGCCGGCAGCACCGUGUGCGCUUCGCCGACGCACUGGGCCUGGAGCUGACGCAGGUCAAGGUGUUCAACGCGGGCGACGACCCCUCGGUGCCCCUGCACGUGCUGUCGCGGCUCGCCAUCAACUCGGACCUGUGCUGCAGCCGCCAGGACCUGGAGUUCACCCUGCAGUGUCUGGUGCCUGACUUCCUGCCGCCCAUCGAGGCAGCCGACUUCGGUGAGCGCCUGGGGCGGCAGCUCGUGUGCCUGGAGCGGGUCACCUGCUCGGACCUGGGCAUCAGCGGCACCGUGCGCGUGCGCAACGUGGCCUUCGAGAAGCAGGUGGCGGUGCGCUACACCUUUUCCGACUGGCGCAGCACCCACGAGGCUGUGGCCAGGUGGCGGGGCCCCGCGGGUUCUGAGGGCACUGAGGACGUCUUCGCCUUUGGCUUCCCAGUGCCACCCUUCCUGCUGGCGCGAGGCUCCCGCGUGCACUUCGCAGUGCGCUACCGCGUGGCCGGCGCUGAGUACUGGGACAACAACGAUGGUCGCGACUACAGCCUCACCUGCCGCAACCACGAGCUGCACAUGCCCCGAGGGGAGUGCGAGGAGAGCUGGAUCCACUUCAUCUGAGCCUCGGGCCAGGGACCUGGCGCUCCUGCUCCCAAGCCACACCUGCGGUCACUUCGUAGCUGGGCGCUCACAGAAGAGGCAGCUGCCCUUCCCUGCCCUCCGUCCCCACACCUAAGUCUGACCUCACGUCCUGCUGCGAGGACCCCUGGCAGUGGCCAGCCUGCCAUCUACUUGAAGCGUCUGUGUCAGCUGUAAAAUGUAGCCUCUGGUGGCCAGAGGCCUAGUGUGUACCAUGCUGGGGACGUGCGGGUGGGUAGGUGCAGGAGUGCUGGGCUCUCUGAGAGGGUUCUGACUGGGUUUCUGGGAAAGGCCUGCAUCCUCCCGCUAGGAAGGCCUGAUUGCUUUUGCAUGUGUCCUGAUUGGGUCUCUGUAAACAUAGGUGUUAUUUAUUAUUGUGAUGCUGGGACCUUUGAUCCCUAGUGGUUGCCUUCCCGGGAGCAUUCUGGAUUUAAUAAGCUAAAAGAGAAACCAGUGUGUGUAUUUGUGCCCCAGUGUGACCCCCAUCAUGGUUCCUUGAGGCAUUCCUGCCCUGGGGCAAGGAAAACCCGAGCUUGCCAAUGUUUGUGGACUUCUCACUGUGGAAAACUAUUAAUAGGCAAGCAGUGUAUGCCUAUCAGUCAUCACAACCAUUCCUGGGAAUCCAGGCUGCCCUGGUGAAGCUGUGUCUCCUACAUCACAGCUGAGAACGAGGAAAAGCUUAAAAUGUUAGCAAAACAGCUUCAGUGUCUCUUCUCACAUCUCGCACGUCUCUUGCACCUACUUGAUAAUUACCUAUCCGCAUGUUAUCAGGCAAUUCUGUUUAGGCUUGAAACUACCUAAACAGGAUAAGAAACUCUGCCUUAAGUUAUUAAAAAUUUCAGGCACAACGCCCUUUUCAAUUACCUUUUUGAUGAUCAAGAUGACUCUUUGUCUUCUUAAGCGUCAGAUUCCAGCAGUCAUCUUUCAGACGUGAGGAUGCCAAGUGGAAUUAGAAAGUUUAUUCAGCAAUAGCCAGAGCACUGGAGGAAAAAUAAUUCACAAAUAUUUAUACUUUUUAAUUGUUUUAAAUUGUAUUUAUAUAUGCCCAGGUUUUAUUUUAAAUUAUAUUUAUAUGUACCUGGUUUUAUCAGCUACCUGCCAACUUAAUUCUUUGUGCCUUCAGAUCAGAGAGUUUCUAAAAUUGUUGAAACUUGUUUCCCAGUUUUAAAAUGUUAAAUGCUUUUCUUUCCUUCUUUCUUUUUUCUAAAUAUCUCCAACCAAGAAGUCAAGGCCGUUGUCCCCUGCAGAGUGCCACAAUGACUUACUAGUAAAACUCCCAGCAAGGGGCUGGUGAUGUCUUUUGGUGCUGAGUGAUGGUUUUCUGACAACAGGUGCUAGCUCUGAAGUGUGAAAACCCAGCCAGGGUAGACAAGGCCUCCAACUUGUGGAGUUUAAUUAUGACACAGUUGAAACCUCGGAGGUAAAUUGUGACAGCUGUCACCAAUGAAUUAACUCUGAAUUUUUUAAUGCUUGUUGACAUUUGUUAAAUCAGUAUGUAAAGGGUGAGUUUUGCCUUUUAACCAGUUUUUUUUACAAUGGCAACUUUUGUGUUUUUAAAAUUCCAAGAAGAAAAAGGCUUUCUGAUCUAGAGGGAGUACUUUCUGAUUUAAGAACACUGAAUUUUGAUUUAAAAUAUUGUGAUUAAGUUGAACGAGCUUUGGCUACUAGCAUUUUUCACUUCAUUGACUUGCAAGAGAGAGAGAAGCCUGGUUGCAUUUCCUGUUGUUUAACAAACUGUCCAAUUAGGUCAGCACGCCUGUAAGGGCCCUGGCUGCUAUGUCCUUGGCCCCAACCCAGAUUGCAAGAAAUUAUCCAGAGUAUUCAUGUACGAAGGUUAGAGCUGCCAAACGUAUUGUAUAAAAGCAUGUAGAGAAUCUUAUAAUCCAUGUAAAAGUUACUUGCCAAAAGGUUCUAGUCAUGGAGUAUAAAGUAAAUAUUAUAUCUUCAGUAUUAAAAGAACCUCAAUGUGCCUUUAAAAAACUUAAAUGUACUUGCCUAGUUGAUAAAGUUCUGCUUAACGAGAACUUUCAGACCCUAAAACACAGUUAUAUUGCUUAAAUGUUAACAUUUUGUAGUGGGUUGUGCAAUUGUUGGGUUGUCUCCCCAAAUAUAUUUUAAUGUCUAUCAUUUGAAGUGAUUUCACUCAAACCCAAAAUUAAAUUGUAUGUGCACAAA